UUCGAAAUGCUGCAGUGUGAGUUGUGCGGUUCCACUUUUACAACUAAAUUUCACCGUCUUUCGAAUUCCACCUUUUCACAUUUUCAGUUGAAAUCCCAUCCCGAGAGGACAAUUCAUGUAUCAAGCCCUUUAAGAUUUUCGACCGCUACCUCCCUAAUAGCAAUCCCCUCACCCAGUCACUUUCAACCUCCCACUUUCUCCACACUCAGCAGCAAUUUUCUUGGCGCCGAAAUACUCAAUUCUCGGUACACAUCACAGGAGUAACUAUCAUAUCUCGAUCUUGAAACGACGAUACUCAAUUGGAACGCCCUGCAUAUGGUUUAGGUCGGAUAUGUGUUUUGUUACAUGGUGGCAAACGUUCCUGGUAUGGCUUAAUGGUUGACUUUCGGAUCUUUGGUGAUCUCUAUUUUUUAAAAUUGCAAGACUUUCGCUCGUAAUGCUUUUCUAAUGCAGUAUUAUGUCUAGUUCCAGUCACUACGUUCAUUGAUGUAGACAAGUAGGUAAGGAUAGGGACGUUGCCGGCCAAAUGCUCGGUAAACAAGUACUCGGCCCGAUGCCGAUGUCCCGACCGGCUAUCAACCCCCCACUCUUGACUGUCCCAUUUGGGAAGCUCCAGUUCCGUGACUUGCAGUUCCGGACAACCUUUCGGCCAUUCACUUCACGUUCCCGGUACUUCAGAUCAAAAGUAAACAUCAGCUCGCCUACCCACCCACCAAAACAUCUACCAAAACCCUCGCCCCGCUCCACCACCCACCAAACAUGUCCGACCCCCUCCCCACAAUCCUCAUCACCGCAGGCCCCUACCAAUUCCUCUCCACCCUCUCCCCCUCCGCCCCCCAAACCGUCUCCCUCUUCCUCACCCUCCUCCCCUACCAGCAAAAGCUAAUCCACGUACGCUGGUCCGGCGAGGGCCUCUGGAUCCCCCUCGGCGAAACGAACUUCGACCUCCCCUUCGAGAACCACACCGCCCACCCGGCACCCGGCCAGAUCCUGCUGUACCCAGGCGGGAUCUCCGAAACGGAAUUCCUGGUGUGUUAUGGAGGCGUGGCGUUUGCGAGUAAGAUGGGCAUGUUGGCUGCGAACCACUUUUUGACGGUUACGGAGGGGACGGAGGAUUUGAGGAGGUUGGGGGAGUUGGUGCUUUGGGAGGGGGCGAAGGAUGUGCGGUUUGAGGUUGCGGAUGAGGAGAUGAUUCGGAAAUUUAGACAGGAGAGGAAGGCGAAAUUGUGAGAUGGGAAGAGUACGGGACCAGGCGUUUGAGAGCAGCAAGAUUAAAAGUUUAUGGGUUAACACUUUGUUGUAGAUGGAUAGAUUAUGGCAAGAAGGGAUUCUCAAAAGGCUGUUGCCAUUGAACUAGACACGAAUUCUUGCUCUGUGAGAUAUACACUUCAUAUCUCGCAAGCCCCAAAAUCAGUACCGGAAUCCUAUGUGAACUAUCUCAA